AUGGCCCUGCGACGGCAAAAGCGCCAGGCUCGGCAACUAUCCAGGCCUCGGCCCGAGCAGCGCUCUCCCAGAUCUACAUCGGGUGGCGUCAUCGACCAGGUGGCUUCCACCAUUCGAUCGGCGAUCUCAGCUGGCGAACCGGUGCCAAGGACCUGUCUCAACUUUCACCACGACAGGGAUGCUUUGGCUGAAGAAGAGGUUUCGUUUCUACGGUAUCUGCGCUGGCGCACACAGCCACCUCCCAUCACGGUCUUUUUGAAACAUCUCAUUAAGACGUUGCGAGCUGACCGCAGCUCGCCUCGCCCUGCGCUGCCGAAGGAUGAAUCUACUCUCACUGGUGAAGCUGCACCUGCCGAUCCACACCCGCGGUUGAUCCCCACAUCCAAACGCAGACCGGGUAUACCCCUUCGGAACGAACACCCACGGCCUCCUCCCGCUGAUGUGGCAGCUUCGACGAGAAAGCGGUCUCCUCAACGGUUUUCGGACACUGAGGAGAGCACCAUGGAGGUCCAUGCAGGGGCUAUUCGCCUGCAGUGCGCUCGCAAAACACGGCGCAAGCUGCGCAACCAGCCUGAAGACUUCAUUGAUCUGGAGGCACCAGCGACUGCUCCCACUGGUACCGACUCAUCGCCACCGAUGACGUUCAUACCGAUUCCGGCCGAUGAUACUGGGACGAUGCAUAAAACAUCCCGGCCCAGCACGGAUGAUACUUCAGGGCCCUUGAAAGGUCCGGGCGCCCUCAUUGAGGCCCUCUUGCAACCUCGCGAUGAUGGCCCGCUUGACCGCUCCCCUAUGUCCAUGGAGACUGUGACUGUGGAGUCCCCUGAGCCGGCUGCUCCGGAGAUACCCAUGCAGCCUCCGUCUCAGGCAGGUGCACACGACGAUGCGGCGUCACUGGUGCCACGGACUGCUGUCGCAGCUGCUCUUGAUGAGCCAGCAAACGCUGGUCCGACCGCUGACCCAGCUCCUGAGCGGCCCUCUGGCUCACUACAGGGCCACCGCACCAGGACCAAGGCCAAGCACAAGCAGACGCAUUCCAGGCCAAGACCGAGCAAGCGGACCCCUGGCAAAGCUGCAUCGAGCUCUUCCAUCAGAUCAACGGCUAGGCGACUGGAUGCAUCGGUUCACGACCCGGACCACGUUCCAGACCCAGCACUUAGGCCGAAGACUCGCAGCAUAUGGUUUGUACAGCCGGAAACUGAUGCGAGCACAGGGCAAAGCCUGGACAACGAGCGAGUGGAUGCAUAUACUGCUGCGCUGCAAGGGUCACUGCCUCACCGACCGUCAGAUAUCACACUGUCUGGUGCUCGGCCCGACGCCUUCUCAACUUCUGCAGCAUGGGCAACUGUACUUGUCUACGCCCCUCUGGUGGGCACAUUGCAUAUGCAGCUUCUUUGCUCAGUGCCGCCUGCCUUGCUCCUGCGACUCCUCUACUCCCCGAUGGCUUCAACAGGGCUGUCUGCUACAGCUACAUCUGGACCCAUGCCUGCCCCGGCUACGCCGGAGGCCUCACAACCGGCCUCACCACCACCGGGAGUGGAACGACGGCCUCGACCUCAGCAGAUCACAUUGGCCACUUCCGCGGCUGCAAUCCAGAAUGAUGUUCUGCAGGCAGGCUCGCGUACCGGUGCGGAUUGCUCUGCUCCGGAUCAGGAACUGCUUCUCCUUUUCAGCUCUCAGAGCAACCCCCAGCAGGCCGCUCGACCUUCGUUGCCGCCCUCCACGACCACGACAACGACACAGCUCUAUGAUAGAGCAUCCCUGGAGAUACUGCAACGAACGAUCGAGAACUGCCACGCUAGCCUCCAACGGCUGUCGCACUUGGCCAACUUCCCCCUCACGUCGGACAGCCUCCCGCUUGUGCUAUGGCCUCCACCUCAGAUGUGCUCGUCUGCGCUCGGUUACGACGUGCUCGCUGUCCUCAGCGUCACCGCCGCAGGCACAAUCCUCAGGUUGGAGGUACUGGCAGUCGCCAUCCUCCUGAAGCCGUCCAACAAGGGGCAGAUCGGUGCGGCAGUGCCAUGUAUCGUGGUCAUCGCAUUGCCGGAGGGCGGGCUAUCAAGUGAGCGCUAUCAGCAGGUUGCCCUGUGGUUGCGCACCCACGGCCAGCAUUUGGCCAUCACGGUGAUUCAGGAGACACACUGGGCAUCUGAUUUGACCUUCAAAAUGGAAGGCUGGCAAGCUCUUGCUUCGCCUAGUCAGGACCGUGUCUCGGGCAUCUUAGUGCUGGUGAACCUCCGGUUCUUCCAGCGCGACCAGAUCCAGCUCACCUCUGUCAUCGAAGGUAGGCUGGUUCACCUGCGCCUAGAAGGCAAUCCCUCCUUGGAUGUGGUCAUUGUGUAUCUACACCUCUACUCCAGUUCCAAAGCGCUCCCUGGUGCUGCGGGCCUGGAGCAGGAAUUUCAGCAGCUGACACGUACCUUCUCACUUCAGGCCCUCAAUACUUUUGGCCGAGCAGGGACCCCUGCUCAAACCUUCCUGCCGACUACCGGCGGCAGAGGCACGCAAAUCGAUUUUGCGCUCACGCGCCAGACCACUGCUGAUGGCAUUGCCAGGCGCACCAGCCCGGUCUGGCUUCCAUUCAUUGAGUCUACUGGGCUCCGGCACUUGCCCUUGCUGGGCUCCAUUCUCAGACCUGCUCUCCCUGUGCGUGCCAGGCAAGCACGACGGCUCUUCGCAUGCCCUUGCCGCCCCGAUUUCAGGCACAGGCACAGAUUUCUCCAGCCUGAUGACGUGUCCGAUUGCCUUCUGCAGGCCUGGACCCUCACUGCACCCUGCCCGACUACGGUCACUCCAACCCACAGUCCGAAAACUCAGCUGAUUCUCCACCUUUGGCGCCUGCGUCGUGAACGACGGCAGCGGCAGGAUUCCUCUGCCUCUCGGGCUUGGCCUAGGGAGGCCGAGUUGAAGGAGGCUGCCAAGAGUCUCAAACUGCUCUGCGCUCAGAAUAGGCAACUUCGAAUUCAGCAGAUCUUGCAGGAAGCGGAGCAGGAAGCGCAGACCUUGAAGGACUACUUCUGCCUCCUCUACCGCUCCUCCUUGCCGGAGCCUCAUCCACCGGGCCACUCUUUUACCCCGUUUGAUGUGGAGGAGCUUACCGGUGUCAUUGCGCAACUUCCCUCUGGUAAAGCUCUGCCCUCCUGGCUUGCCCCAGCCCCGCUCUGGUCUCUUGCUGCAGCCCAUGUUGCUGAUGUUAUUCACGCGGCCCUGACCCAAUGGCUCAGUCAUAUGACGGACCCCAUGCCGGGACAGUGGCCAAAAUCUUCGCUGUGCCUCCUAGCCAAACCGUCGAAGCCUCCGAAAUGUCCUGAGAACCUCAGGCCUAUCGCCCUCCUUCAUCCGGUUUCUAAAUGUUUGGCGAAACUGGCGGCUGGUCUUCUGCGCCCGACCGUGCAGCAUCUUGCCACGCGUUUCCCCCAGUUCGCUUAUAUAGGGGGCCGAUCUGUGGAAGACUCUAUCGAACGCGCUUGUUCCCAUUGCGCGGCUGUACGCACGACUCUCGAAGCGCAAAAGUAUAACAUUCACCUUCGUCGUCAAGGACAUGUUACGGGAAAAUGUAAAGGAGGGAUCACCCUCUCCUUAGAUCUUUCUCGGGCGUUUGAUUGCUUGCCGCGAGAGAUCCUGCACAAAGCUCUUGUUUUUGCGGCUGUGGAACCCACACUCAUCGACCUCAUUCUCCACAUCCACCGUCAAGCCACUCUCAAUUUCACGCACAAAUCGCACUCCGUUGCUGUCGAGCUCCACUCGGGCGUGCGUCAAGGAUGCAGCCUAUCUCCAGCACUGUGGAGUAUCUUCAUCUGCUAUGUCCUCCAUCUUUUAUAA